GGGAGCCCUGAGGGAGGGGACCCCAUUUUGGCUGGCUGUGCCUUAGACAGUGCGGUCCCGCUUGGCCCCCGAAUUAGUGUCAGAAACGAACUACUAGACACCCCGUCGGUGUGAGAAGGAAAAUGCCCUUGGGGGGUGCACCCCGAGGAAGGCCGCCCCCCCCACCCGCGGAGCUCGGGGAGACGCGAGAGAAAACGCCGCUCAGGCGCCCGCCGCCCGCCAGGGGGCGCAGCGCGAGGGGUGCGGCGCCGCUCGGGGGCGCUGAAGCGGGUCGGGCGCCGCGAGCCGAGGCUUCGGGCCUCUCCACGGAGUUAUGGCCGGGGGCCAGGGAUCAAGUCACACAGCGGCCCCUCGGACAGGCGGGGCGCAGCGGGAGCGGCCGGGAGACGCCGCCGGUGGGCUCCGCUCCGCCCCUCCGCAGGGCCCCGCCGGCCAGUGCGCACGCGCGGCGCGCAGGUCCCCGGCGCCCCGCCCCCGGGCUCGCGGCGUUUGGCGGACGCUGUUGCGCAGCAAGUGAAAGUAAAUCCCUUAUCUGUAAUGACGAGCCAGGAAAAAACAGUAUGCAAAUACUACGCAACACGUGUCCCAGGAGAGGAAUUGCACGGUACUUUGAGAUACCGCUUUUGACACAGUCUGCAAAGAAGGCGGAGGGAAGCGGGCUCUGCUGCGGGAACGGCACAGCCCGACAGAGGGAGCCCGGGAGCAUCUCACCACACUUCCGGAGGUCACUGGUGGCAGGUGUGCCAGCGUUUGGAUUGGCUGAGCGAACUCCUGCGCGUCCACACGACGCACCACAUUGUGCACUGCGUGGUUGUGAAACAGAUCUUUGAGAGCUGAAUGAUUUCCAGGGUAUACUGAUUAGUGUAAGGGUGCUAAAUAAAAGAGCACUGACUAAUGCCAUUUUGUGUAUAAGAGGAGGGCAUGUACCGUCCUGAGCCCCGCUAAAAAAAGCAGCUUUGGCAGUGAUGAAAUCUGGCAGGUAUCGUCUCCAUCAUUUGGUCAGUCAACAUCACCAAUAAGGGCGGGACUGACAUUAUGUGGCCAAGGUGUGCGCUCUGAACUGGAUCACAAAGAAACCGACUGAGGGACCAAGUAAUGGGCCGGAUUCCCAAAAGUCAGGCUCCACAGCAGGACGUGGUGGUGCACGCCUAUAAUCCCAGCAUUCUAGAGGCUGAGGCAGGAGGAUCACUGAGUUU